AUGGGCCAAGGCAGCUCCAAGUACGCACACGCGAACAACGACUACGAGCUCGUGAUCAAGUGCUCCAAGGAGCUCGAGUUCAUCCUCGAGCAUGACUUUUCGGCGACCGGCCGUGGCCUCCACGAGAAGAUCUCGUCCGCGACCAGCCUCCCGCCCGAGCUCGCGCGGCAGAUGCGGUACCUCGCGACGAUCCGCAACAAGCUCAUUCACGAGCGUGGCUUUGACGCGAUCCCCGACCGCGCCAACUUUAUAGCCAAAUUCGAGCAAUCGGCCAAGGAGCUCGAGACGAUCGUCAAGGCGCGCCGCGGCCCGAGCGGCGACGGCGCCUGCCGCAUCAUGUAA